AUGUCAGAGGAAAAAUACACUAGAAUGGUGGGAGCAUCUUGUAAACAGGAAUCAAUUGAUGAUCGUGAGACAAUAUUGCGAGCUAGGCAUGCGAGGAAGGAAAGGAAAGGAAGGGGCGGGGAAAGAAGCUGUGGGAUCGGAGAUCACAGCAAUUAUGCGUAUGGUAGGCCCGAUUCACUGCACACUGGUGGUGACGAUGACUUUAAGCAAGUGGAGCAAGAGGAGUUGUCUACAUCGAUACUCUCACCCAUGAAAUGGGUUGUGUUCUUUCGAGCCACAUAUCUUUGUGACCCCAACAACAACAAAGAAAAUAUCCCUCCAUUCUCUGCAAAUCAAACCGACCCAUUUCUUGCAAAUGUGCCACCAACCAAGAAAACCUUUAAAAGAAGAGUUAGGCAGCCUCUUGCUGACAUUACUCACCUCUUCAAAAACUCUGCUCAAUCAGGUUUAGCUGAGGAAAAUGGUUCUACUGCUACAUUAGCUUCAUCUGUUUCAGUGUGUGUAUCAAAUUCUAGGAAGAGGAAAGCAUUCGAGGAGGCUGAAGAGUUCUGCGGCCCCAGGUCACCAAGGAUUGGUUUCAGAUAG